AAAGAACAAACUUCAUUCAACCAAAAACAUGGUGGCAGCUCAGUGAAUAGGGUGUACUUUUUGACUAGUCAUUAGAAUUCUAGAGGCUUAUUUAGCAGGAGUGUUUGAUACAAUUGAUAAACACCGACCAAUAAGCUUCACAAAAAAUUCGAAAGAUGACGUCUGAAGAUACCAAGAACGUACAAGACCUGAAAGGAUGUUAUGAAAAUCUGAUUGUUGUUGAUGUGGGCGCAAACUUGACGAAUAAGAAAUACGGCCGUGAUCUGGACUCGGUGGUGCAAAGGGCAAAAGAUGCAGGUGUCCAAAAAAUUAUGGUCACGGGAACAUCAGUAAAAAACAGUAAAGAAGCCUUAAGACUGACACGCCUCUAUCCCGGAACCAUCUACUCCACAGCCGGUGUCCACCCUCAUGAUGCAAAGUCAAUGGUGGAAGAAGACAUGUGGGCAGAGCUACAUGAAACCGCACAGGCGCCUGAGUGUGUGGCCGUCGGUGAAUGUGGACUCAACUAUAGCAAGGAUUUCUCGGAACCCGGUGUGCAGAGAGAAGUGUUUAAACGGCAGGUUGAAAUCGCGUGCGACCUAAGAAAACCCCUUUUCGUACACGAAAAAGAAGCUCAAGAAGACCUCUUAAAAAUCCUCGACGAUUUUGGCAACCGCCUCCCCCCCGUGGUCAUCCACUCUUUCUCUGGCUCCGUCGAACAAGGCAUCAAAUACAUCGAGAAAGGAUUCUAUUUAGGGAUCACAGGGUACAUAUGUAAGGAUAAGUCAGAUGGGGGCAUAAGGAGGUUGUUGUCUGAGAAUAUAUUGCCGUUGGAUAAGUUGCUGGUGGAGACGGAUUCGCCGUUCAUGUAUCCGAAUAUGAGAGCUUCGAAACUGCCGUUGCAUGUGAAGGACUCGUUGACUGAGAGGUCGAUGGCGUUCGUGAACCGGUACUGCACGUUCCAACGCAACGAGCCGUGCGCGCUGCCGGCCAUCGUGGAGCUGGUGGCCGGGUUCCUGGGCCAGAGCCCCGAGGACGUCGCGCUCGCUACUGCCUUCAACGCGCUGAAGAUCUUCGGUCUCAGCCAGUAGGACGCUGUAAAGUCUAUCUUCC